UUCCUGCUGGGUUUGCCGGGAGUCUUCCGCUGCUGUUUGUGUAGUACCUGGGCUCGUUCUGCGGCAGGAGGCCUGCAAUGGAGCGCCCCGGGCCCAGUGAAGUGACAGGCUCAGACGCGUCAGGACCGGAUCCGCAACUGGCGGUCACCAUGGGCUUCACCGGCUUCGGGAAAAAGGCUCGAACAUUUGAUUUGGAAGCAAUGUUUGAACAAACACGAAGAACAGCUGUGGAGAGAAGUCGGAAAACACUGGAAGCAAGAGAAAAAGAGGAAGAAAUGAACAGAGAGAAAGAAUUAAGAAGGCAAAAUGAAGAUAUUGAACCAACAUCUUCAGGCUCAAAUGUGGUCAGAGAUUGCUCUAAAUCCUCUUCCAGGGAUACAAGCAGCAGUGAAAGUGAAGAGAGUUCUGGUUCUUCUGAUGAUGAGUUAAUUGGCCCUCCUUUACCUCUUAAAAUGAUGAAAGAGCCAGGUAAUCAUAUUGAGGAAGAUAUUAUUGGUCCUUUACCUCCACCUCUUUGUGAAGAAGCAGAAGAAGAAGAUGAUGAUGAUGAUGAUGAUGAUGGUGAUUCAGAAGAUGAGGAAAAUCCUGUCCAAAAGAUUCCUGACUCUCAUGAAAUAACUCUAAAGCAUGGCACUAAAACAGUUUCUGCUUUGGGGCUGGAUCCCUCAGGUGCCCGUUUGGUGACUGGAGGAUAUGACUAUGAUGUUAAGUUUUGGGAUUUUGCUGGAAUGGAUGCCUCUUUUAAGGCAUUUCGAUCCCUUCAGCCUUGUGAAUGCCAUCAGAUCAAGUCGUUGCAGUAUAGUAACACAGGAGACAUGAUUCUUGUUGUAUCUGGAAGCUCUCAGGCUAAAGUGAUUGACAGAGAUGGUUUUGAAGUGAUGGAAUGUAUAAAGGGAGACCAGUAUAUUGUGGACAUGGCGAACACCAAGGGUCAUACAGCAAUGCUUCAUACUGGCUCAUGGCAUCCCAAAAUAAAAGGAGAAUUUAUGACUUGCUCAAAUGAUGCGACUGUGAGGACAUGGGAAGUUGAAAAUCCAAGGAAGCAAAAAAAUGUGUUUAAACCACGGACGGUGCAGGGUAAAAAAGUGAUUCCCACCACGUGCACAUAUAGUAGAGAUGGAAACCUCAUAGCGGCUGCCUGCCAGAAUGGAAGCAUACAGAUCUGGGACCGAAAUCUGACUGUUCAUCCUAAGUUCCACUAUAAACAGGCUCAUGACCCAGGCACAGACACUUCUUGUGUGGCAUUUUCCUAUGAUGGCAAUGUCCUUGCUUCUCGUGGAGGUGAUGAUACAUUGAAAUUAUGGGACAUUCGACAGUUUAAUAAGCCACUUUUUUCAGCCUCGGGUCUUCCUACCAUGUUCCCAAUGACUGACUGCUGUUUCAGUCCAGAUGACAAGCUCGUGGUCACUGGGACAUCCGUUCAAAGGGGAUGUGGCAGCGGCAAACUUGUUUUCUUUGAGCGCAAGACUUUCCAAAGGGUGUAUGAAAUAGACAUCACAGAUGCGAGUGUUGUCCGCUGCCUGUGGCAUCCAAAGCUGAACCAGAUCAUGGUAGGAACUGGAAAUGGAUUGGCUAAAGUCUAUUAUGACCCCAACAAGAGUCAGAGGGGAGCAAAAUUAUGUGUGGUUAAAACCCAGCGGAAGGCGAAACAAGCCGAAACUCUAACCCAGGACUACAUCAUCACCCCUCAUGCCUUGCCCAUGUUCCGUGAGCCCCGCCAACGGAGUACAAGGAAACAGCUGGAGAAGGACAGACUGGAUCCCCUCAAGUCUCAUAAACCUGAACCUCCUGUAGCGGGCCCAGGUCGUGGUGGCCGGGUUGGAACCCAUGGGGGCACUCUGUCAUCAUACAUUGUGAAGAACAUUGCUUUGGACAAAACUGAUGACAGCAAUCCCCGGGAAGCCAUCUUGAGGCAUGCUAAAGCUGCCGAAGACAACCCAUAUUGGGUUUCUCCAGCAUAUUCAAAGACUCAGCCCAAAACCAUGUUUGCCCAAGUUGAAUCUGAUGAUGAGGAAACAAAGAAUGAGCCGGAAUGGAAAAAGCGUAAAAUUUGAAGACUCUCACAUGAGAGCUGUUUGCAUGAGAGGGGGAGGGGUAUUGGACAGGGUUUUUUUAAUGAAAUAAAAAAUACAUUUUUAUGAGCAA